GUUUAAAGCGAGCAAGAGAAGAAGAAAAACAAGUACCAUUUCUUUCUUGCUCUAAUUAUUACUAUUUCAAGAAAUAAAGUUCUUUCAGAAAGACGAAGCAAAACCCUAGCUCCUUGAUGUGAGACAGUACGAUUCAGAUCGGAGAUGGCGGAUCCUAACGGCGGAGGAGUCGGCAAUGCGAUGCCGUCGCUGACGGCGUCAGUGUCCUUCAAAGGGGAGGGGAAGUCGUCGGCGAUGUUGAAGAGGAGGCCGUCGGUGAAACCUAGCUCGGAGACGGAGGAGUUCAUCAAUUUGUUGCACGGAUCGGAUCCGGUGAGGGUCGAGCUCAGCCGCCUCGAGAACGAAGUUAGAGAUAAGGAUCGGGAACUGGGAGAGGCGCAUGGGGAGAUUAGGGCGCUGAGGUUGUCGGAGCGAGCUAGAGAGAAGGCGGUUGAAGAGUUAACAGAUGAACUGACUAAGGUGGAUGAGAAGCUCAAGUUAACAGAAUCUCUUCUAGAAAACAAGGUAGUUGAGUUAUUUUAUGUACUCCAUUGUUCUUCCUUUCCACUGGAGACAGGACUUUAUGAGGACAUGACUUUGCAGAACCUUGAAAUCAAAAAGAUAAAUGAUGAGAGAAAAGCAGCCAUGGCUGCUCAGUUCGCUGCAGAAGCUACCCUCAGGAGGGUUCAUGCAGCUCAAAAAGAUGAUGACAUGCCCCCUAUUGAAGCUAUCCUUGCGCCACUUGAGGCAGAGCUAAAGCUAGCUCGGCAAGAGAUCGCAAAGCUGCAAGAAGAUAACAGGGCAUUGGAUCGCCUCACUAAAUCAAAAGAAGCAGCAUUACUAGAUGCAGAAAGAACAGUUCAGAUUGCUCUGGCAAAAGCUUCCAUGGUGGAUGAUUUGCAAAAUAAGAACCAGGAACUAAUGAAACAAAUCGAAAUAUGUCAGGAAGAGAACAAGAUCCUCGACAAAAUGCACCGCCAAAAGGUUGCAGAAGUUGAGAAGCUUAGCCAGACAGUGCGAGAGCUAGAAGAGUCUGUUCUUGCAGGUGGGGCUACUGCAAACGCAGUGAGAGAUUACCAGAGGAAAUUUCAAGAAAUGAAUGUAGAGAGGAAAACCCUUGAUCGUGAACUUGCCCGUGCGAAAGUUACAGCUAAUAGGGUUGCUGUUGUUGUGGCAAAUGAAUGGAAGGGUGCUAGUGACAAAGUAAUGCCUGUCAAACAAUGGCUUGAAGAACGAAGGUUUAUGCAGGGAGAAAUGCAACAACUGCGAGAUAAGCUUGCUGUGGCAGAACGCUCUGCCAGGUCUGAAGCUCAAUUAAAGGAAAAGUAUCUCUUGCGCCUUAAAGUAUUAGAAGAGGGUUUGAGAAUGUCUGGGGCCAGCUAUCGCCCUAAUUUAGAUGGAAGAAACAUAAACAAUGGUCCCUCACGUCGCCAAUCACUAGGUGGAGCUGAAAAUUUUUCCAGGUUGUCUCCUAAUGGCUUUCCACCUAAGAGAACGUCCUCAUUUCAGUUCAGAUCUUCUCUUUCAAGUAGCGCUAGUACAGUAUUGAAGCAUGCCAAAUGUACAUCAAAGUCUUUUGAUGGUGGUAGCAGUUCUCUUGACCGUAGUAAAAGCCUUGCCAAUGGAGGGCCCCUUUCAUUGAAUAAAUCUUCUGAUAGGACUAACGGUAAUGAUACGCAAAGCAGUUGGAAGGAUAAUACAGAUGAAAACCCCAGUGAGUUCCCUAAUAUCAAGGCAGAUGAUUCCGUAUCUGGAGUGUUAUAUGACAUGCUGCAAAAGGAAGUGGUCACCCUGAGGAAAGCAUGUCAUGAAAAGGACCAAAGCUUGAAAGAUAAAGAUGAUGCAAUUGAGAUGCUGUCCAAAAAGGUUGAUACACUGACUAAAGCAAUGGAAGUGGAGGCAAAGAAAAUGAGAAGAGAAGUUGCUGCCAUAGAGAAGGAGGUCGCUGCCAUGCAAGUAAACAAGGAGCAAGAUAGUAGGAUCAAGCGGGUUGGUAGUUCCAAGGCUCCUGCAAAUGGUUCACAGGUUCAUUCCAUGAGGCGCAUGCGAAGUGGUAUGAUGAAAUGAAUUCCCAGAUGUACUCGCAUCAAACAAGUUAAAGAAUUAUCCACAGGGCUCUCAUCCUUCUCUUCUUCCGCAUCUUACUCGGAUAGAACAAAGCAUCCGUAGUCUUGGGGAGUGCAUCAGAGGAGAGAGGGCUCUACCUCAGACUUAUUGUAGCGAAUCUGGCUAUUUAGUAUGAUGAAGGCAGCGUAGUGUAUUGUUUAUUGUAUAGGUUGGUGAUCCCUAUAUUACUUACUACUUUUUUGUAAGAUGCGGGUCGUGUUCACUUUCUGCUCCGAGGUUGUGAAUAUUUUUAUUGUUAUCGUAAUUUCAUACAGCAUAGUGCUCGAAAUCGGGUUUCACAUUGUUGUGUUCACAGUUUAAUUUUUUGUAGGAUGUACGCUCAUUAUUGGUUACUACUAGUAAAUCCGAAAACCCCUUGAAGAGGUUUAAGA